AUGGCGGGUGAAGAUCUCCCAGAGUAGUGAGGUAACAGGCCAGCUGCCGGUAUUGUGUGUGGAGCAGCGGGAAACGCUGACGAGCGGCGGAGCUUAUAGGGAGCAGCUCAGCCCCGAGUCAGGGCGCGAACAGUGCACCGCUCACCCCGCCAAAAAAUAAUAAUAAUAAUAAAAAAUGGGCGACCACUUCUCCCUCUCUGACUGCGAUGUCAUAGGCUUUGACCUGGACCACACGCUAUGCCGAUACCGGCUGCAGGAAUCCAGCAAGUUAAUUUACAACAGUUUUGCUCAGUACCUAGUGGAUGAGAAGGGUUACAAGGAAGACUUGCUAUCCGUUACAUCUGAAGAGUGGGAUUUCUGCUUCAAAGGCUUGAUGCUGGAUUUGGAAGAAGGAAACUUUCUUAAACUUGCUGCAGAUGGAACUAUUCUCAGGGCGUGUCAUGGUACCAAGACAAUGACUGCUGAAAUGAUUGAAGAGGUGUAUGGUGAAAAAAGGGAGUGGAAACAUUUUAAAGCAAUUAAUGGAACAUAUGCACGAUCAGCUAAAUACUACUUCUAUGACAACUAUUUUGAUUUACCUGGAGCUCUCCUGUGCGCUAAAAUAGUUGAUUCUUUAGAGAUGACUGAUGGGCAAAAGAAGUAUGAUUUCUGGAAAGAUAUUAUUUCUGCAAUAGAGCACAACUACAAAACUACUGCUUUUAAAGAAAAUUGUGGAACAUAUUUUCCAACUGUGAAGAAGGACCCAGGCAAAUAUUUAAAGACAUGUCCUGAGUCUUUGAAAAACUGGUUAAGGAGUCUGAAAAAUGCUGGAAAAACUGUUUUGUUAAUCACUAGCUCACACAGCGACUACUGCCGACUCCUGUGUGAACACAUUUUAGGGAAGGAUUUUGAGGAGCUUUUUGACAUUAUAAUUACUAACGCCUUAAAGCCAGGAUUUUUCUCUCUUACUCCUCAACAAAGACCAUUCUGGACUCUUGACAAUGAUGUGGAAACUGACAUGCUUCCUGCAUUGGAGAAGGCUGGCUGGUACUCUCAGGGUAACUGGGUGCAUUUAUUGGAAUUGUUGAAGAAAAUGACUGAAAAACCUGAGCCAAAGGUGGUGUAUUUUGGUGACAGCAUGCGGUCAGAUAUUUUCUCAGCCCGUUACUAUAGCAACUGGGAGACUGUCCUCAUUCUUGAGGAGCUAGAAGGCGGUGAAGUCCAAGAGCCAGACGUAACGGAUUUUGGAUCCUCCUUAAAAAAGAAAGGAAAGUAUGACAGCCUUACAGGACAAGAAAAUUACUCUGUAUCGAAGAAAUGGGGCUCGUACUUUGCAGACUGCAUUGCUGGAGCUAAGAGCUCACAGGAUACACCGUAUGUGACUUGGUGCUGUUCCAGUAUUAGGAAUUACAGCACAAUAACCAUCCCCAGCAUCCUGGCAAUUGUAGAUUUGCCCCUGGAUUAUAAAUUUACCAGGUUUUCAGGCAGUAAUACAGACAUUGAUGGCUACUACCCCCAGGCUCCCGCAAUCCUCAUAUCUCAGAGCACAGAGGGUACUGCAGCAUAAAUGGCACUCCCAGUAAUACAUGACUGUUGUAAUGGCUGUAACUGUUCUAAACUUUCAUGUAAAUCUACAACUCUGGUUGAAUAUGCCUUUAAGGACAAGUGUUUCUUUAUUAAAUGACUCCAAGUAUUAGUUGAUUAUAAGUAGGAUGAACCAAAAGUUUUGUAAGAUCAUUUUGUAUUAAUUCUGGAGCAAAUUUGUGACCUACUGUUUGUAAAAAUGAAAGUUUGAAGUUGAAAUACAAAGUUUUCAUCCUGUUACGUUGGUCCUGCAGACAGAAAUUAAAGGUGUUUGAAAAUCAUUUUGUCCAUCAAGUUAUGUAUCAGACUUUAUACAAUACAACAAAAAAUGUCCUUUUACUUUUUAAAAUUCAUUUGUCAUAAUUAUUAACAUACUGCUUGUUUUUGCCUCCCAAAUACAAAAAAAACCAUAAUUUCACAAAUACUACCAUUUUCAGUUUUAUCAUAAGAAAACCUAAGGCUUGGUUCACACUGCUUGGGUUCUCCAUUAAAGAUUAAUGUUGCUACUGAAAUAUACAGCCUAUGGAAUUCCAUUAUCCACAUGUAUGCCAAAAAAGUGUCCUUUGGAAUUGGCCCUGAGGACGCAGAUACAAUUGAGAGUAGGACAUGCAGGGGUCCAAACAGCUGGCUACUGCAGUCUGCUUUCAGUCCGCGGUCCACCAGUUGAGUACCCCUGAUGUAUACUGUGGGUAUACAUUUAUUUUUAGAAUGAAAGCCAAUGACGGGUAGUUGCAUAUGUUUACUGCCUAGGUUUUGUAAUGUCAAAGGUGUCCUGCAAAUGUCUGCCCCAAGUUCAGCAUGAAUGCAGCCUUACAUGUUAAGCACAUGACACUAUUGAUCCAUAGUCCCUAUAGCUCUAGUGUUAGGCUAGUUUCAGACUAGCGCUAGAGAUCCGGCAGUUGUUUUCUUCCUACCGAUUCUCAGCCUGAUCUUUGCCAGUCCCCAUUAUAGUUAAUGGGGCUAGAAAGAAACUUACAAGCUUCCGUCAAUGCUGGAACAGCCUGCCGGAUCUCUAGCGCUACUCUGAAACUAGCCUUAGCCUCUUUUACACAUGACAACAAUUGGGACGAUUAUCAGACACAAACAUUCAUAUGAACACUUAUUCACGAUAAUUGUCCUGUGUAAAUGUGCUGCCAAUCAACUGACUGAUGAGCAUACUCUCUGUCAUCGAGUGAUUGCAUCUUUCAUGUCACACUUAAAAUCAUCACUUGCCUGCAGUACACCGUCUUGUUUCAUCAAGAAAGUGCUGCUGGCGAGCAAUGAAUCUGUAUGGGGGUGAAUGAUUGCAGUGGUGAUCAUACAGAAUGGAUAAUUGCUGCAUGUACUGCUCUACUGCACCUUAACGAUCAGGCAAUUAUCAGGAACAAAAUUUGUUCCUGAUCAGUGCCCUGUGCAUCAGCCUGUGUAAAGGGGCCCUUACUACUCACUAACCAUUAGAAUGGCAGUUGUAAACUCAGCUGUAUCUGGACUAGUAAUGGUGAGGGAAAUACAGUACUGGUUUCAAUCAUGAGUGAAAAUUCUGUAUACUUUCUAUUGAUGUAACCAAUAUCUGCUUGUACCAGGUGGACAGUCUAUAAACCCGAACAACAUUCUUUUUGAACAUAUCAUUUGUUGUGCAUGAUGACUGAAAUAAAACUGCAACAAAUAUAAUAAUGUGUGAACAAGUUAUUCUUUUUAUAUUCUGAGUAGAGGAGAUCCAAAAUUAUGACCUUGAGAAUGUGGCCACAAGGCGAACUAUGUUUUUUUUUGUGGACAUGGACACCCCACACUUGUCUUCUUUUCAUUUCUGUUUUCUUUCCUGUUUGGUCCUAAUUUUUUGCAGUACUGUAGCAUUUCUCCAAUAAAUGAGUUGAAAUUG